AGCCUCCAGCAGGAACACACAAGCAGGAACAAGAGUCAAAGGUCUCAUCAAGACAUCAGUAAAGGAGAAGCUCUCAGACAUGGAGGUGUUCUCCAGAAGUGUGUUGUGCUUAUUGUGUAUUUUCAGCCAAAGUAAUGCAAAUACCGCUCCUGAAAUUGAUGUUUCUGUUUAUCAGGUGUGUGAAGACACCCCAGUAGGAACUUCUGCAUUCACUAUAGCCGCAUCAGAUGCAGAAAAUGACCCGCUGACAUUUACACUCACUGGGGUCAACGCUGGUUACUUUAAAGUGGAUACAAACACUGGGGUUGUAAAGGUCGAAAGGCAACUGGAUUCAGAGAGUAAUGCUGCGAUGCUCCUUGGAGUUGAUGUCUCUGAUGGAUCCAGCAUUUCCAGAAUAAGACAGAUAACUGUUAUAUUACUGGAUGCCAACGACAACAAACCCAUAUUUCAGGAGGCUUCGUAUGAUUUUGAAUUUGCAGAAAACACCCCUGUAGGUUCAUCUCUGUUCAGAGUGAACGCUCUUGAUGCAGACUCUUCAGUUGCUGGGGCUGUAAAAUACAGUAUUGAUGAAGUCAGCCCAAGUUCUGGAUUCGGUCUGUUUACCAUCGUGGACACUACUGGUGUAGUCAAAUUAACUGGAAGUCUGAAUUACACAGAGCUGAGCACUUUCUAUCGGUUGAAGAUUAAUGCUAGUGAUGGUGGGGGUAACUGUUUUUUUGAACAUACUACAUACUUCUCGAGUGUUGCCUUUUCCUUCAUCACUGUGGUGGACAUCCCAGACCUCGACCCAUCAUUCCUCGGUGUCCCCUACGUAGGCAGGGUUGAAGAGAACUCUCCUGUGGGCCAGUCUGUGUUUAAAGUGACUGCUGUAGACCAGGACACAGGAGUCAAUGAUAAAAUCAUCUUCAGCAUUGAAGAUUCCACAGCAGACGGCUUGUUUGCAAUCUCAGGUGAUGGCGUCAUAUCUGUGAAUUCAGAAAUUGACAGAGAGGAGUUUGGUGAUUCUGACACUGUUACCUUGACUGUAAAGGCCACAGAGUCCAAACAAAACAUCCAUGGGGUCUUUGCUAACGUCACAACAGAUGUACUGAUCAACAUCAUCGAUGUCAACGACAACUCACCAUUGUUUUACAAGUGUGGGUUCUCCUGUGUGAAGGAAAGCCACUACACAGAAGAUAUUUCUGAGAACUCUUUGGGGUCUAUUUCCAUCAACAUGACGGUCAGAGAUCUUGAUAAGAUUUCCAAGACUAAACUCACCCUGGGAGGAGCUGACAAGGAUGUGUUUGCUGUGGAGCCUCAGUUUACCACGUUAGACAGCAUCGUUCAGCUUGUGGUCCGGCAGCCCCAAAAACUGGAUUUUGAAAAAACACAACAAAUGGUUGUAGAAGUGAUCGCCACAGAUCAAGAUGUUACAAGCUUCCAAACCACGGCCACAGUCACUAUUAACAUCAAGGACAUCAAUGACAACAGCCCAACGUUCCCAAAGGUCACAUACAGGUUAAGUGUGGCUGAGCACUCGGAUGUUGGGACAGAAUUGGCUCGCAUCGUUGCAGAAGAUCCUGACACCAUGGAUCAAGACAAAAUCACCUACAGCCUUCUUCCAGAAAGCAUACGACUGUAUUUCGAUGUGGAUGAAUAUGAGGGGAGAGUAUAUGUGAAAAACAAAACUCUUUUGGACCGCGAGAUCAGAUCUCUGUAUUCUGCAACUCUGGAGGCAAGGGACACAGAAGGCAAGCCGGGCACCACGGUACUGGAGAUCACUUUGACAGACAUCAACGACCAACCUCCAGUCAUCAACAGAGAUUCUUACCUGGAGUUUGUCAAAGAGGGGGGGCAGCUCAAACUAAAGAUUGAGGCUACUGAUUUAGACGACCCAGACACAGAAAACAGUCAGAUAGUGUACGGAAUCAAAGAGAGCAGCUACAGCGAUAACUUCACCAUCGACCCAAACACCGGAGUGCUGAGAAACAGCGGUGAGCUUGAUCGCGAGGCUCUGGAUCAGGAGCUGGAAGGAAGGAUCGAGCUCAAUGUAACUGCCACUGACAAGGGUACUCCCCCGCUCUCCGCCUCUGUCACAGUCAUUAUCAAUGUAGAGGAUGUCAAUGACAACAGUCCACAAUUUGAAGCCCCCUCCUACGAGUUCUCUGUUAAAGAAGGAGAAAAAGGUGCAUUUGUGGGAUCUGUUACCGCCGAGGAUUUGGACCAAACAACAGACUUUAACCGCAUUUCUUUCAGCAUCAUUGAUGGGAGCUUUGGCAGCUUCAUCAUGCGCACGUUUGCAAUGGAGCGAGGUUACAGAGGGAACAUCACCGUGGACCCCGACAUUGAGCUGGACUACGAAAGCGAGCGCAAGCAAUUCAGACUGCGGGUGGAGGCCGUAGAUCUGGAGCAGAAGGCCGCCGAAGUGAUGGUGGUUGUAAAUGUGGUCGAUGUGAAUGACGAGCGGCCCGAGUUCAAGGAGACAAAGCCGGUCUCCGUGAAGGAGAACACCACGAUCAGCGGUGUUGUUGGGAGGUUUUCGGCCCACGACAAGGACACGUUGCACCAUUUAGUCUAUGAGCUGGAAUCUAUGGAGUGCAGGUGUAACAGCUCUCUGACUCCCUGCAGUUACUUUAUCCUGCUUCCAACAGGGGAAGUUAUACUAAACCAUGAGCUCAAGGUGGACUAUGAACGAUGUGACCAGGUGCUGAUAGGUGCUCAGGUUAUCGACGAGCUCACAGAGAAAGGAGAGAACAACAGCGCCACAAAAGGACAAAUGGUGAUCAACAUUGAAGACAUCAACGACAACGUUCCUGAAUUCAUCUUCUCAGAUUCUGUGUUUGUUGUGGUGUCAGAGAGUACAAGCAAAGGAACAUCGGUUGCAGCAGUCACUGCCACAGACCAGGACUCAGGAAUAAACCGGCAGAUUGAGUUUAAAGUAACAUCAGUCAAAUUUGCUCACAGCAACAACCAAACAGAUAAAAUGAGACUGGCGUUCGAGGCCGUCACCACACAGCAAAAGGACGUUUAUGUCGGAAUAAUUCAGACUACUGAGGGACUUGGUGUGACACUGAAGGGGAAGUAUUUGGUAACUGUAACUGCAACUGACACUGGUGGCCUCUUCACCAGCACUGUACUGGAGAUUUUCACAAUUGAUGAAACGUAUAAAGUCGAACUUGAAUUUACAUCUUCUGAAGAAGAGGUUGAAAGAAAACUCAAUGACAUCGUCAGGGCGCUGACUGCUGCCACCAAGGCUGCUGUUCAAAUAGUUUCAAUAAACGCAGAUGAAAGUUCAAGGGCUUCAGGUGGAACUAUCAUCGUGGCAUAUUUUGUGUACUCCAAUGGGACAGCUCUCAACUCUGACAAUGUGGAAAAGAUGAUCUCUGAUCCUGCACAUUACUUUGUACUGAAAGAGCUUGGACUCAAAAAUAUUGGGACAGCUCCUGUACUUGAAGCAUCAGACCCACUGAAGUAUGGCCUGAUGGGCAUGCUGGGAGGCCUCAUCGUCAUGCUGGCUGUCCUUAUCACUUCAUUACUGUGCACUCGCAGGAACUACAGGAGGAAGCUGAAAGCAGCUAAAGCCAUGAACUCUGCCUCUAUGGUGAACUCUGACAACCAGAAAAGUGGUCCUGUGGUACCUGGAACCAACAAAUACACCAUGGAGGGAGCAAAUCCUGUUCUCAACCUGAAUAUUGACACCACUCUGGUCCUGGACUUGGACGAGGAGAGCUCUGAUGUGGACAAAGUCAGCCUUAACUCCCUGGACCGCAGUGAUGACAUGGACUUCCCUGAAAAAGACACAAAGCCUAUCAUGAACAUGAUCCAGGAGGAAGAGGAGGAGGAAGAGGAGGGCAGUGGACCUCCAGAGUACAUUGAGCCUCUGGGUGCAGUGCUUGCCCAGCGAGGCCCCAAGAAAGGCUCUGAGAAUCCUCAUCAUGGUUAUAAUAACCCUGCAUUCAGCACUACAGACUUGUGAUCUAAAAAAAAGUGAAGGUUGACCAAAUUAUUAGUAAAAGACAAUGAAGUCCACCUCUCAAAAAGUCUGCUGUUCUGACUUAAUAUAUAAUGAUAUAAAUAAAUAAAUAUAAGAGUUAUAGAAAUGAAUGAUGUAUUUCCUUUGUCUUAAUAUUAUGUUAAAGGAAAUCAAAAACAAAAACCAAAAUGGGGAAAUGGGUUAUGUAACAUGAUAUGUAGAUAAAAUGAUGCCCCCCUAAAAUAUGGUUUGGCUUCAUAAUUCUAUGCAGAAGUGGAACCAAAACAUAUGCAGAUGUGGAAAUAUCUGUACUUCAAAGACCUCUCUGUGUGUAGUCUUCUUGCUAACAUGAGAAAACUGUCUGCUGUCUGUUGUAAUAUUUGGGGUAAAGACAUGAGAAUGAUAUACCGUAAACCUUUUCAUCUUACUCUUAAAAAUAAAGCAAAUAAAGGCAUUCAUCUUUUAACCUGAUCUUUAAAUGAAAAGUUGGACAGAAGCAAUGGGAAAGUUAAAAACAAAACAGAAAAACAAUAAUUUGUGUAACAUGUCAAUCUCUUUUAUUUAUGUAAAUAUAUUAUGUGAUGGUUGAAAAAAAACAGUUUGGUUUGCUUUGUAAUGAGACUUUAUUAAAAGUGUCUUCACACAUUGUUAAUUUUGUUGCAGCUAAUGCUAUUAGAAAGGAAAAGCUGAAAUAAAAACAUUUGCAGACUGUAUGAAUGAAAAUCUCAUGUAUGGCUGCAUGUCAUGCAAAACAUACAAUCUUUUGCAAGUUUUCAGUUUGUUGCAGUUUGCUUUUUGGUAUGAGAUACGUGUUGCUGAAAUAAAAUCUUGUGCAAUGUGA